AUGGCGGUGGGAGAGCGGUGCCGACCACGUGGGGCGCAGGCCGCAAGUAGUACGGGGGCGAGUGGCCGCUCGCUCGCUGCCCCCCCGGCGGCGCCGCGCGGGCGGGGCGGGCGGGGCCGCGCGCGUUGCCGGGAGACGCGGCGGCUGAGGGGCCGCUCGGCCAAUGGCGGCGCGGCGGGGGCGGGCGGGGCGGGCGCGGCGCGGCGGUGGCCGCGGGGGCCCAUUCCGGCGCGGGCGCCCCACAGUAUGGCGGCCGCCGGCCUGCUCUGCUGGGUGGGCGCGCUGGGCGUCCUGUACGCGGCGGCCCGGCUCAGCUACCGCCUGCUCCUCGGCUUCCGCCUCUGGGUGCUGGGCGGCGGCGCCGCCGCCGUGGGGCCGGCCUUGGGCGCCUGGGCAGUGGUCACAGGAGCUACUGAUGGGAUUGGAAAAGCCUAUGCAGAAGAGCUAGCAAGACGUGGAAUGAAGGUGGUUCUAAUCAGUAGGUCAAAAGAAAAACUGGACCAGGUUGCUAGUGAAAUAAAGGAGAAGUACAAAGUGGAAACAAAAGUCAUUGUGGCAGACUUUGGAGAGACAGAAAAUAUUUACAGUAGAAUCAAAGCAGGCUUGGAAGGCCUGGAGAUUGGUGUUCUAGUCAACAAUGUGGGAAUGUCAUAUGUUUAUCCUGAGUAUUUUCUUGAUAUUCCAGACCUGGAUAAGACCAUCGACCAAAUGAUCAACAUUAACAUCAUGUCUGUUUGUAAGAUGACACGAUUGGUGCUGCCCAGCAUGCUGGAAAGAUCAAAGGGGGUAAUCCUGAACAUCGCCUCAUUUGCUGGGAUGAAUCCAUCUCCACUACUGACUAUUUACUCUGCAACCAAGGCUUUUGUGGAUUUCUUCUCCCAAGGCCUUCAGGCAGAAUACAAGAGCAAAGGCAUCAUUGUGCAGAGUGUCCUACCAUUUUAUGUGGCAACAAAAAUGACCAAAAUCCGCAAGGCGACCUUGGUUAAGCCCAGUCCUAAAACCUACGUCAGAGCUGCCCUGGGGACAGUCGGCCUGCAGUCCCGGACCAAUGGCUACCUGCCCCAUGCUCUCCUGGGAUUUUUCUUCUCUCUUCUACCAGCCUCUGCUGUCAAUUAUUUAAUCAUGAAAGCAAACAAACAAGUCCGGGCUCGUUAUUUAAAAAAAAUGAAAGAGAAGUAAGUUGGAGGCAACUUGAUCUUGGAAGCCUGGAACUCCUGCAGCUUCCAUACCCACACUGCAGCACCAAGCAGACCUAAUGUUUUCAACAUCUUUGAUCAUAGGUGUACUAGAAACAAGCCAACCAGUCCUGUUUUGAGACUACGGUUGAUACAAGACUGUUGACUUCUAAUAUUGAUUUACAAAAUUAAGCUUUAUUUGUUUAUAGAUAUUGGGGGGGAGGGGGAAGGGGAAGUGCUUCAGACUAAAAAAUUGCACUGUGCUUUAAGAAAUACUUCCAUGGACUUGCCCAGAUGUUGCUUUGUUGAGGAACAUCUCAGUUCUGUAGUGUCCAUCACAUCUAUGUGUUGUGCUCACAGGUGAAGGGCAGGAAAAGAACAGCUCUCCCCAUAUUGCUGGGGGGGUGAGAAGGGAGCAUGUUUAUUUGAGAAGGUAAGCUAGUACUUUUGACAGAGUAUAACUUUUUCCAAGCUCAGGUUUUGGGUACUUGCAAGGAUUCUACGUUGUCAGCCAGCUUGUCAGUGCUCCCCUGCUUACAUGGUCCAAUGUGACUUCUGUGGUUAUGAACCUGAAGGGAAUAGACCAUAAAAACAAGUGUAAUGGCUCAUCUAUAAAUAUAUACAUAGACUAACAUUGCAAAGAGUAUUUAACUUCUUGGUGCUUGAAUAUGGAUUCUAACUUUCCAGUCACAUGUAAUCUUUACCAUUUGUGAUAACACUUAGAAAAGUUCAGUGCCUGCUCUUUGUAAUGGGUGGCGACAACACAGUGUAGAUAAACGUCACAAGUUACCUGCUGGUUGCUAUGUAAAAGAUGAUGAGGGCUUUAAAUGCAGAGCUUGAAAUGAGUUACUCUCCUUAUUAUUGGUUAAACUCUUUCUGAAGUAUGUGUCAGUCUGUGUUUUCGGUGAGACCCUUUGAAAUCUGAAUCCCGAAUAUCCGAGACGGCUUUAACAAUGAGAACCAGUAAACUUCUUUAAAUGUAGAACACUUAGUUGUCUUUAACUGAUUUGUUUCAUGGUUCUGUUCCAAAAUGGAGUGUUGUGGUGAGGCUGAGGUUACCCAACUCCAGGAGACAGGGAUCAGAGUAGGUGAGAAGUGUGCACUGCUGUUGUCUGUAUUUACCUCCUCUUUAAAUAAAGGUUUUGGUCUCUAACAUUCCUUUUUAUAACCAUAAACUUGAAAAGCAAAUCAAAUUGCAAGCAGCUACCUGUGGCUUUUUGUGGUGACUUUCUAUAGUUGAAGAAUGGAGGUUGUUUUCUGUCCCUGAAAAAAUAAUUUCAAGCUCUGAUUUUGAAGUAAAAUACGUUGUACUGAGACAUGAUUUGGGGCUAACAUAUCUGUAUAUUGAAAAAACCUGAAUACCGAUGCAAUGGUGCUGAUCAAAUCUGAGAUGCAGAUCCUAUCCCAUAAUUUUCUUCAUUUUUCUUGGAACAGGGAUGGUGAAGUUAGUGGUAUUAAUUCUGUAAGAGCACAUGACUUGGUUUGCUCUCGAUCCGAAGUGGAAGCCUUGGACUAAACAGUCUGUACGUUUUUGACUUUGUAAAACAAAUAAAAUGAGAUUUACUCAGAA